UCUAGACAGACGGCGGCGGCGGGCCCGGGCUUUUCUUUUUGCGCCUUGCCGUGUGUCACCCGAAGAACAAUUUAUUGGUCUAAAGCCGUCUAAUUCCGCCUCUUUGAUCUGCUGGGCUGCUGCUUCUUUGCUUCGUCUUCCUUUAACUUUUUCAUGUUUUUAUUUCCUGCCGGAAGGCGACACUUAUUUGGAAUAUAUUUGGUGGAUUUUUUUUUUUCUCCCUUCCCAUCUUACCCACUCCUUUCGCCAUCUGAGGAGUGGAAGCAGCCGGAUCCACCAUAAAGGGCAUCCCCGGAUAUUGCGCCCCCACUCCCAUGCUCGUGGGAGACAGCCCAAGCCCACCUGCCCCCUCUCAGGCAGCCCUGCCUCCCCAAGCAAGCCCGGGCGGGUUGCCGGGCAGGAGCUGAGGCCCCCUGCACCCGGAUCUGAACACCCCCUUCGCCUUUUGUGCUCCCAGGACCCCCGAGAGGGUGCAGUGAACGGGGGACGGCCUGGACCCUGCGAAUGGGACGAGGAGGGCUUUGUACACCAGAACCAAACUCUAUAAUUCAGAGAAGAAUUUCCGGGGCAAUUCCAUUGUGAGGUCGGGUUUAUGGUGUGCAAUCCAGCCGGGCAGUAAAAGGUGGCCCGGCUUCCAGCGCGGCCUGGGCAGUUUAUGAGGCGUUUAGGGGAACGAUUUGCCCUACCGUCCUCCAAGGGAACGGUGGGCAGCGGGGGCUUCCUAUGGGCCGACGCUGGGCAAGGGCUGGAGGCCUGGAAAGGUAGGCACCAUGAGUUGGGGACCUGGAUGGUAGGGAGGGAGGGAGACCAGUGUUCUCAGCUCCCAGCGAGUUUGCACACUGGAAGAUGCAGUAGCCAAAAGAACUAGGACUCCCCAGCCCCCUCUCUUCUCUCCAGAUUGCUCCCAGACACCCAGCCCACGAAGUGGAGGUUCAGGGGUGGCUGCGGUGAUGGCUGCGGGGCACCACACGGCAAGGCAGCCGCGGGCUCGGCGGAGCCAGACCACCUGUGAGGGCUGCUGAGAUUGGCGGAGGCGGUCAUGUGGGCGGUCACGUGCUGCGGCAAGCUCCGUCCAAAAGAAAAUGGGGUUUGGUGUAAAUCUGGGGGUGUAAUGUUAUCAUAUAUCACGCUACCUCGUAAAACCGACACUGAAAGCUGCCGGACAACAAAUCACAGGUCAAAAUUAUGAGUUCUUCGUAUUAUGUGAACGCGCUUUUUAGCAAAUAUACGGCGGGGGCUUCUCUGUUCCAAAAUGCCGAGCCGACUUCUUGCUCCUUUGCGCCCAACUCGCAGAGAAGCGGCUACGGGGCGGGCGCCGGUGCCUUCGCCUCGACCGUACCGGGCUUGUACAAUGUCAACAGCCCCCUGUACCAGAGCCCCUUCGCGUCCGGCUACGGCCUGGGCACCGACGCCUACGGCAACCUGCCCUGCGCCUCCUACGACCAAAACAUCCCGGGGCUCUGCGGGGACCUCGCCAAAGGCGCCUGCGACAAGGCGGACGAGGGCGCGCUGCACGGCCCGGCCGAGGCCAAUUUCCGCAUCUACCCCUGGAUGCGGUCUUCAGGACCCGACAGGAAGCGGGGCCGCCAGACCUACACGCGCUACCAGACGCUGGAGCUGGAGAAGGAGUUCCACUUCAACCGCUACCUGACGCGGCGGCGGCGCAUCGAGAUCGCCCACGCGCUCUGCCUCACCGAGCGCCAGAUCAAGAUCUGGUUCCAGAACCGCCGCAUGAAGUGGAAGAAAGAGCACAAGGACGAGGGGCCGGCGGCCGCCGCAGCCCCCGAGGGCACCGCGCCCGCCGCCGCUACUGCCGCCGCAGCUGCCGCCGACAAGGCUGAAGACGAGGACGACGAUGAAGACGAAGAGGAGGAGGAGGAGGAAGAAUGAGGAGUAGGGCCCAGCCGGGGGCCCUGGCUGUAGCGGACAGUCGGAAAAGCGUCUUUAAGAGACUCACUGGUUUUAUUUACAAAAUGGGGGAAAACAAUAAAAUGAUUUAAAAAAAAAAAAAACCCCAGUCCCCAAACCGCACCCCAUCCACCCCAUCACCCACUCAAGUUCCCACUUUUUCUGGACUGAGCGGCACGGAGACUGGGUCAUCUUUGGGAUUCCCUCUGCCUCGGAGGACCCGGACAAAUUUCCCCCUACCCCAGGCCAGCCACUCGGUACUGGCACAGCCAAAAUACUACCUAGCACAGGCCUCUUCUUGGGGCCUCCCCAGACUACCUAUGGGCCCAGCCCCAGUGGGCCUCCACCUCCAGGAAGCCCAGCAUGUCCCAACACUGGCAGACCCCCAGCACCAUCUCCCGUAUGCGUAUGCGCAAGAACCUGACUCUCUCUGUACUACCUACUCACCCAAACUACCUAUGUAGUGCUGGCUGGCUUGCCUGCUACCUAGCACGGGCCCCGCCCAGGCCUAAGGCUCCCACUGCUUCCAGCAGGCAGCCCUUUGGGUCCCUCAGGCGUCACGGAGAAGGCACUGGGGGCCAGGGACCAGGGCAUUGGCUUCUAUUUAAAUUGAAAAAAAUAAUAUAUUUAUUCCAAAGCAUUCUAAGUGCUGCAACCCAGAACCCUUCCUUCUCUGGCUUGGGCACCCCCAAGUGUUCAGGUCCAACACCCCCACUCUGGAGGGGAGCAUUCCUGUGCUAGCCUCUGCCUAGUAGGGCUCUGGAGUUGCUCCCAGCCUGGCCAUCCACUCCCUGGGCCCCUGUGUCCUGUUCAGCCAUUUCAAUUAUGUAUACCCUGACUUUUCCUACAAUGGAAAAUACUGUAUAUUUGAACUUUUUUUUUUUUUUUUGUCGUUUCUAUAGUCUUGGAGCUCAUUUGUAAGGCAGUGUCUUGACUCUGGCUGGAUAUGUUUAUGGGUGACUUUGUAGCAUGGUGUGUUGUCUUGAGCUAACUCUGUAGUGGGCAGGGAGGUCCCGUGCCUUUCCCAGUGCCCUUCAUCUCCUGUGUUACCCUGUGUCCCCUUCAGCCCCAGCCUGGGGAGCAGGGACGGCACAUCUGCCAGCCCAGCUAACCAUGUUUUAUGUAACAGAAAAAUAAAGAUGCUUGGUGACAA